AUGGCAGAAUCAACAGAUCCUACCACAGCUGUACCCAAUCUUUACCACCCUCUCGAUGCAGAUAAACAAGAACUGCGUCUCCUUGAACUCUGUCCAUCCGACGACAGCGACUCGCCGAUCCAAGUGAAGAUCUUUCCUUGUCGCUUAGAAGAUGUGCGGGGCCAGUUCAUCCCUUUCUCGUAUGUCUGGGGCGAUCCAACAGUUACCGAGACCAUCAUCAUCAACGGGGUCCCCAGGAAGGUUACCAAGAAUCUCGCCUUUUUCUUGCGGCAGAUACGGACCAUUCUCCCCCAAAUCCUCGCCUCGAUCUCUUGGGAAAGCCCCACGCUCUUCUGGGCCGAUGCAAUAUGCAUCAACCAGGAUGAUACGGAGGAGCGUAACCGUCAAGUCCAGCUCAUGGGGUCCAUCUACGGCUCUGCGCCAGCGGCCCUUGCUUGGCUUGGGCAGGCCGAAAACUCACAUCUCACGGCCAAGCUCGUCGACGCCUUUGAAAUAUGGCUGGAUGCCUGUGAGGAGGGGCACCGAGAUGCGACUGAAUCCCAGGAUUACGAUCCAAACUUUGACGGUUGGAUGGAAAGGCAUCCAGACCUUUGGUCAUUCUCCGCCGUCUCCGGAGGUGGUAGGAAAAGAAACCCAUACUGGGAAGCCAUUAACACACUGCUGCACUCGCCUUAUUGGAGUCGCAUCUGGAUAUUCCAAGAGAUAACACUGCCGGACGACACUCUCUUCGUAUAUGGCUCAGCCCUUAUUCGGCUUUACUCGUUGAGAGCACUUGUCUGGUGGAUGGUGGGAUUUGCCAGCAAACCAACAUAUAAUGUCUCAUUCCUAGAUCAAGAAAAUUACCAGGAUCUACUCAUAGCGGUACGGCAGGUCAUCUCCGCGGUCGGUUCCUCGAUUAAGUCACCACUUGCAACAAAACACCGAUUAGCCACCCCACAACGUCCGACACUCGCUCUCGUGCCAGAAUUAGCUAUCCUUCGCGCAAGUGACCCGCGAGAUAAAAUAUUUGGCCUCCUGGGUGUGAUGGAUACGCAUCUCGUUGCAGAUUACAACAAGCCUGCUAUCCAAAUUUAUUGCGAAUUUGUCUCGGCUUGGAUGCGUGAGAUCCAGGAUCUCAAUUUCCUCCUUGACGCUUAUCGCAUGCCUUCCCCCGUGGGGCAAACUGGGCUGCCUUCGUGGGCUCCAGACUGGGGUGCCAUCUCCUGGGCUCUGAACACGAUGCACGAGACGGCUGGUGGAUUCCCCAUGGGGCAUUUUUUGUCUCAGAGGAACCUUCAAGCAUCUGCGCAUCUACCUGCAGACCAUACACACAUUAGCCAAUCUUGUCGCAUCUUGACCGCCACCGGGGUCCUGUGUGACGAAGUGGAGGAGGUAUACCCAGCCUGGAGGAAUUCCCAAGGAGCAUUGGCCAUCGGAACUAGUUUUUUGGAUCUUGUGCAGAGGCACACAGAUCGUUCCAGGCGAGGGGGGCGUGGCUGCUCAAGGAGACACAUUCUCCAAAUCCUCUUCCGGACCGCUCUCCAUGAUACAUCCCCGAUAUCCAAUACAGUACGUCUCAUGCACUCGGAAGCGGCACACCUCCACACAUGGGGGUUUUGCUUUCUUUCUUACAUUGCAAUGUGUUACCUGGCCAGUGACGAUCCGUCGGCUCUACAACCUAAUAGCAUCGUGGCAACAUUCCUUCCCAGCCUAGGCAUCCCCAAUGGAACAGACUUCUUGCGCUUCUGGAGGGAAGAGAUCUUUGGCGACGUCGAGUUGACGGAACUUGAUGAGGUUCAUUGGCAAGACGCUGUAGAAGCUCUUUGGUGGGCAUGGGAGAACCACAGGGCUGAGUUCGAGACCAUUCAGGUGCGGGCGCUCCACACUCUUGCCCAUAGUCUGAAGUUUCUCACCAAGAAUAACUACAUGGGUUUGGCCAGUUCUGCCGAAGUAGGAGACAAGGUUGUCGUGCUGGCUGGCUGCAAGGCGCCAGUGCUCCUCAGACCAAAGGACGGUCAUUACGAGCAUAUCAGCGCAUGUUUCGUGGUCGACCUCAUGGAUGGGGAGGCGAAGGAAAUGGUAGACCGAGGAGAGGCAAAGCUUGAGAGGUUUGAAAUUCAUUAG